CCGGACUUUGUCUUUCUUUAUUUCAAGGAAAUUUAAGAGUGAAAUUUUGCGUCAAAAAAGACUCAGAUUGGCAGACGAAAGAGUCGAUGAGUUCGAGAUUAGUGACGCUGGAAGAAAAAACGAAAGAUGCCGGGCACUCUGACGUAUCCAAUUUACGUUGAUGUUGAUUCACACCCACCCAGAAGACGCGCCCAUACAUGGACCGCACAACAUCGUUCUGCAUCACGUGUGGCAGAAAUCAAUUCGCAAUUUGAUCGAGUGUCCCUGUCGGAAUCCGUGAGAGACGAAACGAGCAAGUUGAGGUUAAAAGUAAUCGCUGGGCAUCACUUAGCUAAGAAAGAUAUUUUUGGUGCAAGCGAUCCUUAUGUACGUGUAGACUUGAACACAAUAAAUGGCGAUCAGACAGUGGAUUCUGCACUUACAAGAACUAAGAAGAAGACAUUGAAUCCUGUCUGGGAAGAAGAGUUUAUAUUUAGGGUUAAACCAGUAGAGCAUAAAUUGGUCUUACAAGUUUUUGAUGAAAAUAGAUUGACAAGGGAUGAUUUUCUUGGUAUGGUUGAGUUAACAUUGAUUAAUUUACCAAAGGAACAAGAAGGUCGCUCUAUUCCUGCUAGGAAUUAUGUACUUCGUCCACGUAGUCAGCGGUCACGAGUUAAGGGAACGUUGGAACUGUAUCAUGCAUACAUUUCCGACUCAUCUAGUAUCGAAAAUGACAACGGAGACGUAUCUGAUUCAGGCGGAUGGGAAUUAGUACAGCCAGAGAAUAACAGUCCAGUAGAGCAAAGUGCAGAUAUUACGAUAGUCAAUAGGCCCUUACCUCCGGGCUGGGAAGAAAGACAGGACGCAAAUGGCCGGACAUACUAUGUUAAUCAUAUAGCGCGUUUCACACAAUGGGAACGACCAGAACCAGAUACAACAGCGACGAGUGGAAUUGUCGAACAACGUAAUUUGGAUACGGCAGCUACUGAAUUUCAACGGCGAUUUCAUAUUAGUGCCGAUGAUGAAGGUAGACAUAGGAACUCUGUAGUAAAUCAGGAUGGUGAAGUUCUACGCGAGGACGAUGAAGAUUCGGAAGCAAGAGAUUGUGAGGGUGGGGAUCAUAGGGGAGGGGGUAUUGGGGAUACUUCUUCAGACUCUGGACGUUCAGUCGAUCAACGUGGCUACCUUAGUGAAUCUGAAGAACAGACUGAUGAUAACAUCGACAGUCCGGCUGGUUCGAGACGUUCAUCAGAGCAGAUUGACAGUCCCAAACCUACUCUUCCUGUGUCUAAUGACGAAGGAUUGCCUCCUGGUUGGGGCAUGCAAGUAGCACCUAAUGGUAGAAUAUUUUUUAUUGAUCAUAAUGAGAGGGCUACAACUUGGAUUGAUCCCAGAACGGGAAGACCAAGCUCUAUACCUAAUAAUAUUGCACCAUCAACGACAUCGAGAAGUGAUUUAGAUCAAUUAGGACCGCUUCCAGAAGGAUGGGAGGAAAGAGUACAUACAGAUGGACGAAUCUUCUUUAUAGAUCAUAAUACACGAACAACACAAUGGGAAGAUCCGCGUAUGUCUAAUCCUCAAAUUGCUGGCCCGGCUGUACCAUAUUCAAGAGAUUACAAGCGUAAAUAUGAAUAUUUGAAAUCACAAUUGAGAAAGCCUAAUAAUGUUCCUAAUAAGUUUGAGAUAAAAGUUGGCCGAAAUAAUAUUUUGGAAGAUUCAUAUCGUAUUAUAAGCUCUGUUAACAGAGUUGAUAUUCUAAAAACGAAAUUAUGGGUAGAAUUUGAAGGAGAGGUAGGCUUAGAUUAUGGUGGCCUUGCAAGAGAAUGGUUCUUCUUAUUGUCUAAGGAAAUGUUUAAUCCAUAUUAUGGACUCUUUGAGUAUUCUGCAACUGAUAAUUAUACACUGCAAAUUAAUCCUUGUUCUGGUGUAUGUAAUGAAGAGCAUUUGAAUUACUUUAAGUUUAUUGGGCGCAUAGCAGGAAUGGCUGUUUAUCAUGGCAAGCUUUUGGAUGCUUUCUUUAUUCGACCAUUUUAUAAAAUGAUGUUGGGUAAAGCAAUUGAUCUGAAGGAUAUGGAGAGCGUUGAUUCUGAAUAUUACAACUCGCUUUUAUGGAUUAAAGAGAAUGAUCCUAGUGAAUUAGAACUCACUUUCAGUCUUGAUGAAGAAAGCUUUGGUCAUACAUCCCAAAGAGACUUAAAGCCAGAUGGUGCUAAUAUUCCUUUGACCGAUGAAAAUAAGGACGAAUAUAUAAGUUUAGUUAUACAAUGGCGGUUUGUAUCUCGCGUACAGGAACAAAUGAAUGCCUUCCUAGAAGGUUUUAACGCUCUUAUACCACCAACAUUAGUAAAAAUAUUUGAUGAACAUGAACUGGAAUUGUUAAUGUGUGGUAUACAGCAUAUUGAUGUGAAAGACUGGAAACAAAAUACUUUAUAUAAAGGAGACUAUCACGCAAACCACAUGGUUGUACAAUGGUUUUGGAGAGUCGUUUUGUCAUUUAGUAAUGAAAUGCGUUCUAGAUUAUUACAGUUUGUAACUGGUACAUCACGUGUUCCAAUGAAUGGAUUCAAAGAACUUUAUGGAAGUAAUGGACCGCAAUUAUUUACAAUUGAGAGGUGGGGUACACCAGAAAAUUAUCCACGAGCUCAUACUUGUUUUAAUCGUAUUGACCUUCCUCCGUAUAAAAGUUGUCAACAACUCAGGGAUAAGCUAGUUAAAGCAAUUGAAGGUUCUCAAGGCUUUGCUGGAGUCGACUAGCACGAAAUACCUUUGUUCAUGAUGAUAUCUGUAAUAUAAUAAUGUAUAUAAUUACAUAUAUCUUAUAGAGGUGAUAUCAUUAAUAAUAUCUUGCUUGUUCUUCUGAGUUGAUAAUGACUUGGGGAUAUACGUUGCAUUUAGGAAAUAUAAUUGUAUACAAUAAAUGAAGUAUAACAAGUUGAUUGUUUUUCAAAAAUCUAAAUCGUUGUGUAUAUUUUGUCAAUAUUCAGAUGCAACAAAACUCAAUAGUCUCGCAUAGUCUCGAAAAUAAUUUAAAUAUUGCUCCUUGUUAAUAAUCGAAAAUGACGAAAUUAGUAUCAGAUAUGAAUGCCUAUCUUGUAUUAUAACAUUUAUUCACAGAAUUAACAUACAUUCUGAAGGAUACGGAGUUAAUAUAACAUUCCAUCCUGUUUGUACAGUUUAUUUUAUUGUAAACAAGGUACGUCCCGUUAGAUAAUAAAUAAUAUUGUCAUGACAGAAAUUUUGUGGCCUUAAAUUCUGGUUAUGAAAUUUCUUAUUUUAAUAAGUCUCUCGUUCGUAAAAUCUAGAUUUGUAUAAUAGUAAAGUGCGCCAAUUAUUCGUUAAACGAAUAUCAUUUGGUAUUUCUUCAUCUUCAUAUUAGAUUUGCAGAGCGAUAUAUAUAAGCUUAUAUUUAAUAUGUUAGUAUUUCCUAGCUUGGGAGAUGACAAGUUGUAUCCAGUGUAAUCUAAUAUGUUAUGAAGUGCGUUUAAGACCCUAAGCUCAUUAAUGGAGCAAUGAACAACCAGCGCGCAAUCUAAUCUUCAUAAAUUAAAGUUAAGAUCGGAUAAAGAGGAAGAUUGUCAUUAUGCAUGUACAAUGCAGUGUUCUCUGAGUCUGUCUUUCAAAACUGGUGAUUUUAUAUUAAUACUUAAAAUCUAUUUUUUUUUUUAUAAUAUGAUCGUAUAUGAUCAACAAGAUUGGUUCACUUAAUUUAUUUCAAAAUAUGACAAGCACGCAUGUAUGCGUUCGUUUAACAUACAUAUCAUAUGAAUUUCAUGAUUUGCAAAAAUAGUAUGGUGAAACAAUAAGUAGUACAUGUAAUUAACGUUAGAUGGACUUAUAGAAUAUUGUCAUAAUGUAAUGUAGACGAUGCGAGAGACACGUAAAUUUUUGUAUUCAAGUUUGAGUAUGUUCUAUUUGUAGCUUCUUGUAUUAUAUUCUUAUAUAAAAAAAAUCAUAAAUACGAAAAAGCAGUACAUGAUAAGAUAUCUAAUGAAUUUAAUAAUUGCGUUUGGUAUCCUAUGUAUCGCAUAAACAUUUUUACAGACAGACACAGAGUGUUAAAAUUGUAUUUAUUUGUAAAUCGACGAUAUCAAAAAGAAGAUUUAAAUGUAGGUAUUAUCAGAUAGAUAUUCUAUUUGAAAAUAACCGCAUUUAUGCUUGAUCUAUAUAAAUAUCCCGUAAAACUUAAUGCCUUACGAUAAUUAUAUCACGCAUUAGAAUAUAUCUACUUAAUGUUUGCAUUAUUAUUUACUGAUGUACGUUGACUUUAUUAUCGCGUCAGGUAGCUAUUGUUUGACAGUAUACACUUUAAGUGUCUUUAUCUAUAUGUCUAUACUUUCACUACCAAUGCCUUAUUUAAUUUAGGACGGAAGGAGACUUAAUUGUUUUAAGCUAGCUCAAUGUGGUAUACAACACGUUUUAUUUACAUAUACUUACAUGCACGAACUGAAAGAAAUGCGUGACUUAAUUACGUUGUAUUCGUGUAAAUAUAAAUAUAAAUAAAAAAGAAUACGCUGUAAUAUAUUAUAUAAAAAAAAAUGAGCGCUUCUAUAUCGCAGUUGCAACAAGGAAUACAUAAAAGAUAUGCUUACCGUGCUAUGUCCUUGCGUUAUGAUUAUUAAUUACUAACGAAUACGGUGGAGUUUUCAAUCAUGAAAAAAAUUUUAAGUAUUAAUAUUAUAUUUAAUGAAAUUAAUAUUACAA